CCGGAGCCCCAACCGCCGGCGCUUAUCCUAAGGCUCCCGGGCCCCGCCCAUGCCUGAACCCGGUGGGCUUCGAGCCAGCGCAGUGGCCUCUCGGUCGGCAGGCGGGGAAACUGAGGCCAGGGCGUGCGGGGCUGGCCCGACCCCGCCCCCGGCCGGCCCCGCCCCGGCCCGUAAGAGGCACCCCGGACGCGCGGCGAAGGCGCACAGCGCGCGGCGCGGGGCCGGCCGGCGGAGGGGAUGGCAGCGCAGCGGCUGGGCAAGCGGGUGCUGAGCAAGCUGCAGGCUCCCUCGCGGGCCCGCGGGCCGGGGGGCAGCCCCGGGGGGCUGCAGAAACGGCACGCGCGUGUCACCGUCAAGUACGACCGGCGCGAGCUGCAGCGGCGGCUGGACGUGGAGAAGUGGAUCGACGGGCGCUUGGAGGAGCUGUACCGCGGCAGGGAGGCAGCCAUGCCUGACGAGGUAAACAUUGAUGAGCUGUUGGAAUUGGAGAACGAGGAGGAGAGAAGCCGGAAAAUCCAGGGACUCCUGAAGUCCUGCACGAACCCCACAGAGGACUUCGUCCAGGAGCUGCUGGCCAAGCUGCGGGGUCUCCACAAGCAGCCAGGCCUCCGCAAGCCCAGCCCCUCGGAUGACGGCAGCCCGAGCCCCCAGCAGGACCGAGCCCGGACCGCGCCCCCCUGACCCCAGCACCCGCCGCUGCGGCCCCUCCCCCUCGGCGCUCCCGCCGCCCCCGGCUUGUUUCCGAGUUGUACUUAAUGGUUCUGCAACAAUAA